AUGGAUACUGCGGAACUCCUCAAAAAGCUUGAUGCAGAACGCGAUGCUUAUCUCGCGACUCUCCAGCAGGUGCACGAGGCUCUCGCAAAUGCCGUUGUAUCAUCUAGCGCAGCAGUCUUGCGGCCGACUGUGACAACAACAACACCACCAGUGCUAACAUUGUCGCCAUCCCCUCGCCCAAAUAGAGUAGCACUUCUUAGUGAGGGUGAUUCUAGAAGCUCGGGGUCUGGCGCCUCGCCUUUGAAAUCGACCUUCGUCUCGGGAGAGGGUGACGGUGAGGAUGCAAGUGAUGAAGAUGAAGCGCUCUAUGUGCAGGAUCUUUUGCCCACGACGUCCUUCGACGAUGAGCACUUACGGAACCACCUAAAGAGUUAUAAGUGGGAUGCAUAUUCCCGGCAAAUCUUAAGAUCUCUCUUUACAGGAACAGGCCGAUUAAAACUUCCGAAUCUAUUCCCGGCUGACCAUGAUUUGAAUGAGGCUGGCUCCCAUUACUCACUUUAUCAAGUUUUUGAUGUUGGUAAUGAUGGAACUCCCUUGUCCUUGCAUACUGGUACUUCGGCCUUUGAGGAUAUGUCGAAAGAUCAGGUUUUGUGGCAUCUUAUCAAGGACAUCAAUGUUGAGAAUACACGGCAAAGACGAGCCAUUGGUCGAAUCAUUAUCCUUCGAGAACCAUCCCCGGUUGCAUUUGGGAUUAUCCAUCUAGUCAUGAAUGAAAUAUUUGAUAUGGAUAAGAUAUUCCAACUCCUAGUUCAGCAAGAUACCACGAUGGCGUACAUGAAGCGAGCCUUCCACGAAGAUCCCAGAAAGCAAAAAUCCUUCGUCUUCUCCUUCGAAUAUUUCACCAUCAUAGGCGAAGAGUGUAGUCCCAUGUCCUGGCAACAAACUGACCGGGCCCGUAAGCGCCAUGAUGGUCAUAUCCCUAUCACCCGGUGCAGCUCAGUCGUGGCCCUUGCUCUCAUCGGCGAACCGAUUCGCAAAGUCAAGAAUAGUGCGAGAAGAGCGAAGACGCAGUAUGGAUACAUCUAUAGUCCUUGGGCUCCCUGGCACGUAUUGAAUAUUCAAUGUUAUCCCGAUUGGAAAAGCCAUACAGGAAGCCAUGACAGCACGAAACAUUAUGUUAAUGGCCCAGAGGCAUUCUUGAAUACUCUUCUUGUUGAGUAUAAAGAUGCGCAUAAGCGGAUUGAUGAAAUAUGCCAACGUAUAAGCACGCUUGUCACACCUCCAGCCGAUUUUAUGUUCAAUGGCGACUUACGAGAUAAGCUUCUCUUCGAGGACAAGGAUUUCACUUACUCACGACGCUACUUCUGGGCUUUCCAAACACUUGGCACUAUGAACCAUAGCAUCAAGGCUAUGAUUGAUGCUUAUGAGAGCACGUUCACCGACACUGUCUGGGAAGGCCGCCACCACACGCUCUGGCCGCUGAACGAUGAGGAUACCCCUCGCAAUGCAUAUUGGAAGAAGCGAUUGGCUUCAUUAAGGACAGACUACGAGUGUGAAAUCGGCAGGCUGAAAGCCCUUGUUAAAGAUAACGAAGUAUUGAGGAAGGAAAUCCGAGAACUCCGCGACAAUCUCUUCAGCGGAACGUCUGUCCUUGAGUCCCGAAAAUCAGUUGAACAGACCGAAAUCACGGUACAGCAAGGACAAAACAUCAAGCUGCUGACCCUAGUCAAUCUGUUCUUCCUACCUCUCACAUUUGUCACCUCUGUCUUUGGGAUGACCAACAUGCCCACUGAAGAACGUUUCUGGCGAUUCGGCAUUGUUAUGGCGACCGUCUGUGUGCCCUUCUUUCUUCUCAUCGGCUCAAUGAAUACGAGUCGUGGCAUGUACUUCUGGCGCAAUGAUGUCCGCCAGAUGGUCGUCCGUAUCUGGUUCUGGAUUGCACGGCGGAAGCAGCCAGCCCCAGGUCCUAAGAGCCGUGGUGAUGAUGGCACGAGCAGCGAUUGGGAUUCAGACGGGCCGCCAAAGAGAAUAGAGAAUAGAUCUAUGACUGCCGCGGAAGGUAUUCGGGAGAGAACAAGCCAGUAUACUAGAAAGAGAAAUCAUCCAGUGCUGGAUACUAUGCCUAUUCCGAGGAAAACUGCUUCGCUUAGACAGAAAACUCCAUCGAUUCAAUCCUCUGGCGGCGCUGACGCCAGAGUUGGCUCGAGGAAUGUUGACAAUGAGAUGGGGGAUACUGUCCCGAUAGAGCUGAGUUCGCCGCUGCAACCGCCGCUGCAGGCUACAGCCACUAACACGUUAAAAUUUGGGAUGAGUGAAAGUAGGGGAGAGUUAACGGAGGGGACGAAAUCCGAACCAGACCAGAGUAAGGGUUUGAAAAUUUGGCGGAAAUUUAGACAAAAUAGGAGAGAGACCAGAAGGGAAUAUCCUGUUUGA